AUGUUCAGGGGUGAGACUCUAGAGCUGGGUCAUGUUCAGCGAAACGACAUGGGUGCCUAUUACUGCAUCGCAAGUAACGGCAUCCCACCGACAGUCAGCCGGCGUUACCACGUAGAAGUGCACUUCAUACCCCAAGUGAAGGUGACAAAUCAGCUAGUUGGCGCUCCCCUCGGCAGUGAUGUUGAGCUCCAGUGCUACAUCGAAGCCUCGCCCAAGGCUAUGAAUUCCUGGUACAGGGAAGACGGUAACUCACUAUUAAGCGACAAAUUGUCAGAGGAUCCGAAGCUACGUGUAUCAGAAACGGUAAUGAACGAGUAUUCGCUGUGGAUAAACUUGACGAUAAAGUCCCUCGCGCUCGGAGACUACGGAACUUAUGUAUGCGCCUCUGUCAAUGCGCUUGGAAAGAUGGAGAGCCAAGUUAGUUUGCAUAAAUUAGAGUUGAACAUGAACGGGUUUGGGGCUGAAGAACCAAUGGUGUCAGGUGCGGCAUGGCAGCGCGCCCGCAACCUUCCAGCGCGCGCUCGACCUGCGGCUUCUCACGCGCAGUACUGCCUCACACAACACCUACCGCCGCAGCUCUACGCUCUUCUCCUUACUGUCAUACGAUACAUACAUACCUUCUAA